AUGAGCAAUUCUCUAGAGGAACGCCUGAAAACAAACUCAAAUGCUUUUGAUGGUUUGCUAUCAUUGAUUCCUGCCAAGUAUUACUAUGAUGAGGAGACUCGAGAACAAUGGAAAGCUACCAAAAAGUCAAAGAUACAGUCAAAGAUCGAUAAGAAGCGGAAGCUAAAUCCUGAAGAGCAGAACGACAGCUCAUUUUCUGCUUUGGAAGUUAAGAAAAGGCGUGAGAAGGACGCUAAACCUGUUGUUCUGCCCGGUGAGAAUCUUAAUAGACAGAGACAUGCUGAAGAACAAGAGGAUGAAGACGUUGAAAGUGAGCAUAUUAGUAUAUUAUUUGAUGAUAAUGGGAAUGAGAUGCCUAGGGACAAUGAUGAGUCUGAAGUAGACGCCGAGCCUGAGCAAAAGCAGGAUCCGGAGGAGCAGACGAGUAAAUCGAGAGUAAAAAGUAAGGAUUUGACGGAGGAGGAGAAGGUUGCGAAGAAGAAGAAGAUGGAAGAGCUUCGUGCAAAGUUGCAGGAGAAAAUCCAGUCUAUGAAAGAGAGGAGGAAGGCCCCCGGUACCAAGGUUGAGGGCGCGCCAAGCUCUAGAGAAGCGAUUCUGGCGCAAAGAAGGCACAGAGAGGAAAUUAGGAAGCGCAAACUAGAAGAAGAAAAGCAAAAGCAUGAUGAUUCAUCUGACGAAAGUGGAUCCGAAUCCGAAAGCGACUUGGAGGACCAGCUUCCACGCAAGAAAGCUGCUUUAGACGCAGAUGUGGCAGUCAAAGAUAUGAUGUUCCAGAAUAUUGUCUUUGACGAUGGUUCCAGGUCUACCUCAGAUCUCCAGCGGUUCAGAAAAGCAGAACAGGGCAGGGGCCCCUCCAAAAAUGACGUGAAGAGCCAUCUGAAGCUAGCAGAAUCGAAACGUGCUGCUCUGGAGAACAAAGAUGAGCUACAGCAAAUUAUGAUCAAGCAGAGAGAAAAAUGGAAGAAGGCCAUGCUACAGGCCGAGGGUGUUAAGCUAAAGGACGACGAAAAAUUGCUACGUAAGGCAGUCAAGAGAAAGGAAGCCAAAAAGAGAAAGUCUGCUGUGGAAUGGAAAGAGAGGGAACAGGUUGUCACAAACAGUAUUGCUGAGAAACAAAAGAGAAGGGAAGAAAACUUAGCUAUUAGAAGAGAGAAUAAGGGAAAGAAGAAGUCUAAGCAACAGAAAAUGAAGCGUAAGUUCACUGGCACUAUAGUUGCUAAGAAAAGAGCAGGCUUUGAAGGUCGUUUGAAAAGCGGUAAGAAGAAAUAA